AUGACAAAGGACCAGCAACCCCGAGUAAACUUCAAAGGAGUCAUGUGUGGAGUUGGCCUGUUUACCGAGACUCUAAAACAAGUGGAUACAUCCGACCUCCUCCUAAAUCUUGGUCUGGUGGACCAGCACGGCUACGAAGAAAUUACAAAUAACAUCAAGAAGAUGAAAGAACUUGUAGGGUCGGGAAACGUGACGAAGGCCUUGAAAAUAUAUACACAGACGUUUGGAACGACCACGAAUUUCUCAGAUCCCAAAUUUCGACUUCGACGAACAGGGUUCCUCUACAAUGGAAACGCAAUGAAGCCAACAGAGCCAGAGGAACACCUCAAAUUUGUUGAACUAAUGAAGAACGAAACAUUUCGAGAAGACAUCCACGCCGGUAAGAAUGCUUCAUUUCGAGGGAGAGAUUCUAUAAUAAUGAUGAAGCUAAUAAAGGAUCUCUAUCGAAGCAUCGACAAAGAGCUGGAGUUCUUGCUCGAUAAUGGAACAAAAGUCCUCAUCUUCCUUGGACAACUGGACCUUAAAGUGUCUAAUGUUGUGACGGAGGAGUUCGUGAGGGGGCUCAAAUGGAAUGGACAUGAAGAUUUCAAGGGAGCGCAGCAAAAGCCUUGGUGGGGAAAAAAAGACGAGAAAGACUUCUCUGGUUACUUUAUAAGCAAGAAAGUCGAGGAAGGCGGGACUUUAAUGUUGGUAAAGCUACUUACCAGUGGCCACUAUCCAUUCUUUGACCAACCACACGCGUCGACUGUAAUGGUGCGAAAGUUUAUCAGCGAUGAGGAAUUUAUUACUAAAAAGGUAAACAAAAGUGGCGUUUAUGUAACAGAUCCAUCAGCUAAGGAUGAGUUGUGA